AAGAAGAACAACAUAACUCAGUUAAGCAAGAUGUCGAGUUUAUCUUCGCAGUUAAAGUCUAUCAGCGAGAAGACCGCUUCCGUUUCUCUCGAUAGAAAAGCCCGUUCGAAGAUCCAUUCUCGUUCGCUUCUAUUUGAACCUAAAGUUGCAUCUACUCAAGACUAUGAAUAUAUUCAUCAGAUUGCUUACGAAGGAUUGGAAGAAUUAUCUGAGUUAGAUUCCAGGUUUAACAAGUUCAAGCAGACUCUCUUCUCAGACACGUCUAUUAAUUUAGACAGAAAUGUCCAAACCAAGGAUAUAGUUGACCAAUUAAACCGAAAUAUCGAAGCGUUCUUAACCUUGGUUGGUCCUUACUACAACCUUGUACCAGCAAUUAAGGCCACCGAAUGGUUGAUUAGAAGAUUCCAUGCCAACAUCCACAAUGCAGAAUUAUUGAUCUUGACUUCGUUGCCAUAUUAUCAACAACCAGUGUUUGUCAAGAUCUUGAAUGUUAUUCCCAAGAACCAAUUCCCCAAGAUCUUUGAAUGGGUUGUCGGUUACAAGGAUUUGUUGAAAGCUCCUCCUGCUUCCUCAAUCCUUAAAGCAUUCUACAACGACUUUGAUUUGGUCAAGUUCUACAGUAUGUUCUUGAAUGAACAAAUCAAGAACCACACAAUAUACAAAGAACAACUAGUUUUCUACUUGUCUAACAUUGUGCAAGUCCUUGCCUCUUUGUCCAAGAAUAUUCCCGAAUUGAAUGAGAAACACAUGCCUGUUGUGUUGGAAACUGUUGGUUUAAUGUUGUUGCCUCAAAAGGAGUCCAAGUAUUCUUAUUCUAUCAACACUGAUUUGAAGUUGACUGCUUACUCAAUCACCUCAGUUCUUUGUUCAAUUGUUCCAUUGACUUCUGAUUUGAUCAAAUCAUUGACUGAAUCUAUUUUGCAAGACCCACAAUCAGUUGCCGGAACAAACUUGAGAUCUACCUUGAUUGUGUUGUUACAAUUAUGGAACUCUUACCAAGGUGGAAUUGAGCCUGUGGAUUGUUUCAGGAAUUUGAAAAUUGAAAACGUCGUUUCUCAUUUAAGUGAAUUGAAGAGUGAAGGAUUCAAUUUAAACAAGUUCUUGACAUUUUAUUUCGUGUCUACUUUUCCAAAUGCAGAAUCAUCUAAAUUGGUUGAAUAUAUUGAUCUUUCCAACAAGGCCAGCUACACCAGUAUUGCUAAUUUAGUAUUUAAAAACUCAACCACUCCUGAUGAAAGUGUAAGAUCUAGUUUGAUCAAGACUUCGCAAGCACUUUUGAAGGCUGAUGCUGAUUUAUUUACUACUCAAUUGAAAUUACAAGAUUUAAGCAUUGAUGACUUGGAAUUAAGAUUCAUGACUGUUAUCGGCGAAAAGAAGGAAGAUGAUGAUCUAGUCUUUGAUGCUGAAGACGAAGAUAGUCUGAUUAAUGAAGAAGAAGUUGAUUCAACCUUCGAUCUCUCCACUGUCACUGUUAAAGCCACUUCAUAUUUCAAUACUGACAACGAGGAAGAAUUCAAUAGUUUACUUGCUACAUUAAGCCGCUUAUUAACAUCAACAAAUGUCAAAAUUCAAAAGAAUACCAUCUUCCAUUUCUGCAGCAAAGUGUUCAAAUCGUCCGAAGUGGCAUUGUCGUUUAUCAUUAGAACUUCAUUGACUCCAGCUGUGCCAUUAUUCAUCAGAUUAUCAGCAAUUAGAUACCUUAGAAUAAGAAUUAAGGAUCUUGCUAACGGUUCAACUGACUUUUAUUUAUUGCUUCCAAUUAUCGCCUUGGCAUUAUCAGAUGACUCCAAACCAAUCAGAGAAGGAUACGCCCAGAUAUUAAGAGUUAUUUCCGACAUUACUUCUAAAUUACAUUCUGGCAAGAGCAAGACCAAAACUACUUUAUUCUUGGAAGAACAAAUUUACGGCAACACCAAAGCGGAUAAAAGAGCCAUUCUCCCACCUAAUUUUGGAUUAUUCCUUUGUGAGAUUUUUGCCAAAGAUGAUACAGUUAAGGAUAUGACUUUGGAUGCUUCCCGUGUCAACAAGAAGUUUGGUCAAGUUGUGCUCAAGACUUUCUUCUUGAACCAGUGGUCCUUGACAUUCUGGCCACUUGUGCUUAAAUGGAGAGCAUGGAAGAUUGUUGCUGCUGAAAAUAAGGUAGGUAACGAUGAUAGAUUUUUCUUCUUGGAUGGCGAUAUCGAUGGUUAUUUGAACAAGAGAAGUCAAUGGCUCGAACAGGCAAAUGUCGCCAAGGUUGACUUUUUCGAUAACUUUGAAACCUCAAUUGUUGGAUUGGUUGGUGGAGCUAGUUCCCAAGAAAAGAACACCGGUAAGGAAAUCGAAUGGCUUUGUCAUGGGUUGGAAUCAACUUCAGGUAAUUUACAAAUUGCCGUUAAUAAUAGAAUCCUUGAAAUCUUUAACAAGUUCAAGUCGGUGGAUGCUAGAUUGAAGAUUAUGAGUAAAUUGGUGGAAUUGUUACUUGGUGAUGACAAUGUUGAAUUUGACCCCAUGGCCACUUUACAAGAACUUGAGAUUGAUCAUGAUUUGUUCCUUCACGCUUUGGCCAAUGUGCAAAUUGUCGACCAGAUGCCGGAACAGGGUAUUGCCAAAAGAAGAAGAAGAUCUUCUAAUUCUGCCAAACAGGCUAUGGCAAAGGAUGAUAUCAACACCAUGGCUUCUACACAUUUAAAGAAGUUGACAGUUGUUUUAGAAGUUUUGGAAUCUAAAUUGAGAAAAGAUGUUGACAUUUCCCGUCCUGAUUUAUUAAAGGUAUUGUUCAAGAUUUUGACUGAUUUGGACUACUUAGGAAACGAUGGUAAUUUGCCAGUGUUGUACUCGCAAGAAACUUUGGCUUCAUGUAUGUUGUUGAGUAUCAUCAAGAUGAAGGAAAGUCAACAAGAAUUCAAGUUUGAUUCGAACUCGAUCAGAGCCGAUUUGAUUGUCAACUCGAUCAGAUCUUCCCAAUCACCACAAGUUCAAAACAGAUUGUUAUUGGUGAUUUCUGAAUUAGCAUCACUUGCACCCGAGAUCAUUUUACAUUCAGUCAUGCCAAUCUUUACAUUUAUGGGGGCCCAUACCAUCAGACAAGAUGACGAAUUCUCCAACUCAGCCUUGCAACAAACUGUGGCCAAGGUCAUUCCAGCUAUUGCUGCCAAUGGGUCUACUUCCAUCAGCAACGAGAUUGAAUUCUUGUUGACCAGUUUCGUGACUGCGUUUGAACAUAUCCCAAGACACAGACGUGUCAAGUUGUUCACCUCGUUGACCAAGACCUUGGACAGUGCCCAAUCCAUGCACAUUCUUUUGUUUUUGAUUGCCCAGCAAUACGCUGCUAACAUCGGCAAGGGGAAGGUUGGUGAAGCCGAGACUGUUUUAGAAUUCACUAAUGCUUAUUUGAAGGGAUUCACUGCUGACGAACAAUUGCAUGGUAUUUAUGAAUUCACCAAGUUCUGGAACCAAAUCCCAGUUACUCCAUUGGAAGUCAAUUCCGACGAGUAUCAAAAGUUGAGUUCCAGACCAAUUUUCGGGGCUUCUAUUGUUUCACUCACUUCUGAAGAAUUAGCCAAAUUAAAACAUCAAUUAUUGAGUUUCUUGAUUUCGGUAUUGGAGGCUGAUUCCGGCUAUGACGCAUCUUCAUUAAAGACUAAGGUUGCUGUUGUUGUCUUAGACUCUAAUAUUGCCAAUGACAAUAAGGAAUCUGUUUUGAACAAGUUUAGAAAUAUUACUUCAUUUGCAUUGGCUGGUUUGGAUAAUUUCACUAAUUUGAGUAAGAACAAGGAUAUUUGUAUCAAGUUGUAUGAAAUGUUGGCCAAGUUGUUGGAUUUAUUACCUUUGAAUUACUUUGUCGAUGCUAUCAUUGACUCAUUGGACAUUGACAACUUGUCAGAUACGUUAUCAAUCAAGGUUGCCAGAAAUUAUGCUAUUUUGGCUGGUAGAAAGUUUGAAUCGGAAUUGAGUGCUGCUAAUAUUGAUGAAUCUGUUCAAGACUCAGUGCUUAGCAAGUUGUUACCGGUUUUAAUUAAGGGAAUUAACCAGAAUAUCGAUGUGGAAUUACAACAAGCCUAUUUGGAUACGUUCUCCACUAUCGUUAGCAAGUUUAGUCCUUCCAAUUCGACCUAUUUCGCUGCUCAUUCCAAGGUUUUGAUCGAAUCAUUAUCUAUUAUCGCUUCUGAUCGUGGGUUAUUGAACGAACAACCAGAAAUCAUUAUUUCCUCGAUCAAUGCCAUCACCAGUGUGAUCAACCUCAUGGGUGUCAAGACCCUUGGGUUAUUCCCCAAAAUUGUUCCACCUGCACUUAAGAUCUGGGAAAAUACCACCACUGCUGAAGACGAAACCAGUGCCAAGUUAUUGCAAGCUUCUAUUUUAGUGUUGUUGUCCAGUUACAUCAAAAAAAUCCCUGCAUUUAUGACCACCACCUUGGAUUCUGUUCUUAUCACUGUGUUGUCUAGUGACUUGAUUGAAAAUGAAAUUAGGUCUAGUGUAUUGCAAUUGAUUGUGGACCACAUGGAUCUUGGGCAAGUAUUGAAGUCAUUAUGUACUAUUUGGACCAGCAAGAACUUUUACCAAAAUGACAAUUCUGGUAAUCUUGGUUUGUACUUGAACGCUAUGCAAUCCACCAUUGACAAGAUUGACAAGAAGUCGGCCACAGCACAAUCCACUUUGUUCAUGAGAUGGUUAAUUAGUGCUUUUGAAUUUAGACAAUACUCGGAGCAAAACGACAACAAGUUUGAUAAUAACACCGUUCACAGAUUAGAGAGUUCUGUGCAUACCUGUUCUAUUCAAUUUGUGAUGAAGUUAAACGACAAAAGUUUCCGUCCAUUGUUUGCUAAUUUGGUAAGAUGGGCUGUUUCCGGUGAAGGGGCUACAUUUGCCGGUAAUACUGAGAUUUCCAGAUUGAUGGCGUUCUUCAGAUUCUUCAACAAGUUGCAAGAACAAUUAAAGAGUAUUAUUACUUCCUACUAUUCGUAUUUGUUAGAUCCAGUUUCCAGCAUUUUGAAGAGAUUUGCCAGUGGAGACAUCGUUGCUACCAAUUUGAGAAGAAUUAUGUUCAUUUCCUUGACUUCUUCAUUCAAGUACGAUCAAGAUGACUACUGGUCUCAACAAGGUAGAUUUGAAAGCAUCUGCAAUCCAUUGUUGGAGCAAUUGGUCAAUGUGGAAGAUUCUAUUGGAAAGUAUUUGGUCAAGGCUAUCAGUACAUUUGUGACUAAUGUCAGUUCGGAAGAGUACAAUGAAAUUUUGGUUCACGGAUUGAUCAAGUUUGUGUCUAAUGAAAACGAAACUAGUUCAUCAACCAAGAUCUGGACCAUUAGAACAUUCAAGACUAUCUUCCAAAAGAUGGGUGAACAAUGGUUGUCGUUCUUGCCUACUUUGGUGCCAUACAUUGCUGAAUUAUUGGAAAGCGAUGAUGAAGAGGUUGAGUUGGAAGUCAGAGGUGGUUUGGUUCGUGUUAUUGAAAAUGUGUUGGGUGAACCAUUAGAUAGAUAUUUGAAUUAGUGUAUAAAAAUGUAUUAAAUAGCUGCAAAAAAAAAAAAAGUGUUUAUACUUAAAA